AUGGAGAAUUCCAAGACAUUUUUCAUGAGUCUGCACACGAUCCUCGCCGGAUGUGGCUGUAUUUUCAAUUCACUUCUAAUUUAUGUCAUUGUUUUCCAUUCUCCUAUUAUCAUUCGCACCUAUGCGGCUUUGAUUUUGAACUUUGCGGUCACUGAUUUGCUCACCUGUAUCGUUGACUUUUUUGUCCAGCUGAGGUUAAUUUUUAAAAUUUUUUUAAGCCUUGAAUCCUUUCUUAGAACUAAGGCAAUGGUGAAUGAACUGUGAGCAAGCAAUUUUAGUUUAGAAAAAAGGUACCUCUCUUCAUAUGAGUUCUAUAAAUUUGUUCUAAAAAUGUUAAAAUGUUGGAAUUUUUUUUCAGUUUAUAUCGCGAAAAGCUGUACAUUCAUCAGCUUUUCCAGAGACCUCAAUGUGCCAAAAUUGGCCCAUGAAUAUUAAUAAAUAUCACUAAAAAUUUUCAAUACAGUUUCAGAAAUCGUUCAGAAAUUUUUGAUGAAAAAUAAUAAUAUUUUCAGGUUGGUCCCGAUUGGAUGGUCAGUUGUCUACAUUGCAAACGGACCUUGCCGAUUCUUCGGUCAUUCUGUUUGUUUCAUGAGGUCAGUUGAACUUGAAUGAUGAAAAAUAUAAAAAAAUACCCAUAUGUAAUUUUUUGCUUCACACCUUAUUUCAUUAUUAUUUUUCAGUCACAAUUUCAUGCUUCACCUUUUGACCCAUGGCUACUACUCAUUAUUGUUAUCGUUCUCAUAUCGAUAUUAUAUUUUACUUCGAAUGGCUCCGCGUAGAAGAAAGGUGCUGAUUGUCCUUUCGAUACUCUAUCUACCGUCUUUCAUCCAAUUGGUGAAUUUUUUGAACCUUCUUUCGCCGGAAUUUGAAAAAUCUGACCUCGCCGGCGAGAAAAGAGAGUGCAGACAUGUCAGACUGUUCAAGUCAUGGCUCAGAAUCGCUUUUUGAAUGUACUUCAGUUCAGAUCUCAACUUUCUCAAUAGAAAGCCCCCCAGAAGAGAUGCUAAGUAUUUUAAAAACGAGCUUUCCUCACUAUACCACUUCAAAUGUCAUGGUUAGCGGUAUCGCGAAUAUUUGGAAUUUCGGCACGAUGACCGCGAUUUGCCUUUUCACCGUUCCCGUAGUCCCUAUUUAUACAAUCAUUCUCUUUUUGCGACAGAAAAUAAUUGAUAAACUGCAAAUGAAGAAUAUCUUCAUGCAUUCCGAGACUAGAAACAUGCAGAAACAGUUCUUGAAGGUCAGUUUUUCAUUUUUAAUGGGAAAAUUUGACGUCCUCAGGUUGUAGAAAAGCUUUCAUAGAGGAAAUUUUAGAAUCUGUAAAAAUAUCUUCCUUUUUUUUUGACUCUCCGAAUUUGAAAACCAUGAAACAGCCAAAAAUCUUUUCUAAUGUUUUGCUUCUGGUAUGGACCUGGCUCAUGUUUCAGAAACGAAAAUCUAAGAUAUCUCGACCUUUUUUAUUUUUUGUUAUUUUUUUCGCUCAGUUAUACUUCGUUCGCCACCACCUGGAAGUGUCUGAUUUCUCUGCAAUCCUCUCUUUUUUACGUGUUCUUUCGAUCUGUCUCCGACGUGUCUGGCGAGGGAAAAAAGAGCGCAGACAGGCCAGACUUUUCUCGAGUUGUGGCGAAUGAAGUAGUUAUAAAACUCUGCAGAUUUUUCCAAUUUCUUAGGCUCUCACCUUUCAAGCUUGUAUUCCAAUAUGCAACGUCAUAGUCAUCACAACUUAUUUUAUUGGUCAACUGAAUAUUUAUAAUCAUCCAGCUUUGGAAUAUACAACAACCGCAGCGAUGGUCGUCAUCCCAGUACUGACUCCAAUCGCGUCUCUGUAUUUCGUGGAGCCUUAUCGACGCAAAGUCCGAUUCAUGCUUCGAAUAACGAGUGCAUUCUCUCAAACUCAUUCUCUACCCGUUUCGACAACUUUUUCAACGCAACAGACCUUUUGA